CCUUCCAGUGUGCACAGCCUAACAGGGAUGACUGACGUAUUAGCCCAAACAGAACUUGCCAUGCAUCUGUAAAAUGAAAUAAUGCUGAAGUGCUUUCUCUUCUAGUGCAGGCCCGUGCUUGUUACAUAAGUUACAAUAGCAAUUCUGAUAAUGAUGUAGGAGGAAAUCAAGACUUCAAAAGACGUUUUCUCGACGAUUGGUUUCGGUUGAUUUGGGUCUUGGCCUGGCGUAGUGUUCGAGGCGGAGCAAUUAUGCGUUCAUCUUUAGCGACUGACUUUACGCAGUGUGCCUAGGCGUGUGCUCUGGGGUCCUAACUGUCGUUAAGUAUAGCACGGUCAUUAUGACACCUACAAUGCGUGUGUGGCUACCAGAGUUCUAAUUCACGCUAAAGCAGCACAGUCAAAGUUCGAAAGAAGCAGAAUACUUGGUUCCGGCCACAGCGGCUGCCUCGGUAACUGGACCCUUCGAUCAGCAAAGCGUCCUGCUGUCAGUCAUGAUUCGGCAAAAUUGGAGGCCGCCUGGGGAAGGCGAGGUGGAGCUAGCAGACAUACAGCUCUCUGACCGGCAAGCUUUUGAUACUAGUGGGGCCAGCAGCUAUGGGGGAGCAGGCCCUGGCAGCCACUGGGGUGCCGCUGUGGGACGCGUUAGCACACCUCGCAAUUCGGGCGCAACUCCCGUACGCAGUAAUGGUGGUUUCGGAGCGGUUGUUGGCGGGGGCGCUGGAGUUGGCGGUAGCAGCAAUGCGCCGUACGAAAGCAUUCCGACGGGCGCAACGAGUGGUACGGCAGAUUGGUACGACAACGGUCGUACGGGAGCCGAUCAGCAUCACAACCACGACGAGUACCACCAGCAUCAGUAUCAGGGGCAAGGUGUUGAAGAUUUAGUGGCGGCACGGUUGCUUGGGCCUCGGGGGCUAGCUUCUUCAUCGUACAAGGUUGGAGGCGGCGGCGGUGGAGGCGGUGGGGGAGGUGGACCCAUGGGUCGGCUGGCUGAGCGACUGGCUGCUCGCUGGAAGGUGGUGCUGCUGGCGUGGAUCGCCGUGGCGGUGGUGGGCAUAGUCAUCGUCGUACCGGUCUCAGUCCUGGCGGGGGGCAAAGUAAUAGCAACACAGUCCACCGUCCCACCGCCGCAGCGGGCGCCGCCAUCUCCCGCGCCACCGGCACCCCUACUCGCACCACAGCUGCCGCCGGUGCCUGCGCUGCAAAGUACGCCGCCGCCGGUGUCUCCCUCUCCGCUGCCACUGACGCCGCCACAACCGCCGUCUCCAUCGCCGCCGCCACCACCGCCGGCGUCCCUGCGGGCGCUGUGCAGCCAUAACUCCUCUGCCCUGCCCGCCGACCCCCGCGCCCUGCCUGUCCGUUACGACCUGCACCUCUCACUACCCGACGGAGCCUUCACCACCGCCGGCACUGUCGCCCCCAACGGCAUCAUCCUCGUCGCGCCACUGCCGUACAACACGACGACAACAACAGCGCAGCCGGCGGUGACUGUUAUGUCGUACGGCGCCGUCGCGUCGCUGCUGCUGAACAUUACGGCCGAUACGUCGUGUCUGGUACUCCAAGCGGCGGAGCUCAGUGUGAGCCGAGUGGAGCUGGCGGUAGUGACGGCGGCGGCGGCGGUUCCAAGUCCUGGUCCUGCUGGCGGUGUCGGCGGUGAUGGUAAUGCUACUGCAAGUGGAAACGACAGCAGCAGCAGUGGCAGCAGCAAUAGCACGGGAACACAUGGGAGGCGGCGGCGGCGGCGGCUGACGGAUGCGGAAGGGUCCGCAGCGGCGGCGGCACCACCAGCGGUGUUGUCGGUCUCCCCGUUGGGAGAGGCGGCAGGUGCAGCCUUGUGCGUUUGCGGAUGCGAGGGAGCAGGGAGCUGCGCUGGCGUUUGGACAACAGCAACCGAGGAAACUGUCGUUCUCAACCUGAGCCCGCUUGUGUUGUCAGCUGGCAGUCAGGUGCAGCUCAAGCUGUCGUACACGGGACCGAUCCGGCCCACAUCAGACGGUUUUGGAUUGUUCGUGUCAGACCCAUGGGUCGCCGACACGUCGUCCGACACCACCGACACGCCGGCAAGCGCAGCGGCUGACGUGUUGCUGACGACACAACUGGAGGGACGCGGAGCGCGCUACUUGUUACCUUGCUUUGAUGGCCCGUCUUACAAGG